AACAAACAACUCCAUUACCCUCGAUACCUUUGGCUUAUUGUUUCUUUAGUGUGUCAAAUGGAGAAACUGAGGAAAAUGGUGAACCAAAUAGCCUAUACACCGCCACAAGAAAGAUUCUAUACACUCUCCGCACUCCAACUCUCUCUAAUACCUCUUCUCUCAUUAGCUUCCACUCUCUAUGGCUUCGCACUUCCCCUCCGCCAUCGCCUUUACCAACUUGGUCUGCUUCACACAGACAGGUUGCCGGUGCCAGUGAUUAGCGUUGGGAAUUUAACUUGGGGAGGUAAUGGGAAGACUCCAAUGGUUGAAUUUCUUGCACUUUGGUUGGCUGCUGCUGGAAUUUCACCUCUUAUUCUCACAAGGGGUUAUGGUGGUGCAGAUGAAGCAAAAAUGCUCCAAAGGCAUCUGUAUGGAACACCUGUGAAGAUUGGUGUAGGUGCAAACAGGGCCGUUACGGCUGCCAGUUUUCUGAAAAGAUAUGGCCACAUCAGCCCUUGCAAGCAUGGUAACACUGAUUUGGGCAGACUUUUCUCUGAUAACAAAAAGGGAAAUAGUUCUUGUUGUGACCAAAUUGGGGUUGCAAUCCUAGAUGACGGAAUGCAGCAUAUCAGUUUGUGGCGUGACGUCGAGAUUGUAAUGGUGAAUGCAAUGAUUCCAUGGGGGAACCAUCAGUUAAUUCCACUUGGACCAUUAAGGGAACCUUUGACUGCACUUGCACGCGCAGAUAUAGUUGUAAUCCAUCAUGCGAACUUGAUCUCAGAAAAAGACGUUGAGGCCAUAGCAUCAGAAAUGCGAACAGUAAAAAAUUCUCUUCCUAUAUUCUUGAGCAGAUUGGCGCCUUUAUACUUUCUUAAAGCUCGCAACAUGUCUCACAAAUUGGCUUUGAUGGACAUCUGUAGUACACUUGUCUUAUGUGUCUCAGCGAUUGGAUCUGCUGAAUCUUUUGUUGAAACAAUAAAGAAGCUGGGGCCAACAUAUGUUGAUCGGCUAGACUUUAGUGACCACCAUUUAUUUCAAGCUAAGGAUAUUGACAUGAUCAGAAUGAGACUUCGGAAUCUUCAAUCAGACUUUGCUAUGAAGCCUAUUGUUGUUGUAACAGAAAAGGACUAUGAUAGAGCUCCCGAGGUUCUUACAUAUUUGGAUCCAUAUGAAGUGUUGGUGCUUUGCUCCUGCUUGCAAAUUCUACCUCAUAAAGGAAGCACAGAAGAAACAUUUAAGAAAUGUCUGUGGCAGCAUUUGGAAGUUAGCUGCAAGGUCUAAUCUAACACUUUUUUUGAAGGACAUAUAAGCUUCAAUUCUUAAUGCUCAGAGUAGGUAAGCUCGAUAAGUUGCACUUGAGGUGACUUCUACACAGAGCUACAUUGAGGUAUACUGUCACGACCCGGAAUUUCCACCUUCGGGACUGUGAUGGCGCCUAACAUUUCACUUGCUAGGCAAGCUAACGUUAGAGUAAUUAUUUUACCAAUUUUAAACA